AUCAUCACAACACAAAUCAAAACAAGAAUAACAAAAUCUUUCUCUUAUAAAUUCUUAUUUCAAGACAUCAAAGGAGAAUUAAUGGAGGCAAUGAAGAUGAAGAUGAUGGUGUUUAUUAUGGUUGUUGCGGUGGCUUUCUCAGCUGCCACGGCUGCUACCGUUGAAGCUCCAGCUCCAAGCCCAACUUCUGAUGCUGCCAUGUUUGUACCAGCACUGUUUGCAUCUGUUGUUGCUUUGGCAUCUGGUUUCAUCUUUUGAUCAUUCUUUUUUUCUUCAUUAUUUAAUUGCAUUUGUUAAUGAGUUUGCGUGAUUUGAUUCUCUAUUGUUAGAAUGUUGCAUUCUUAUUUCUUAAUGUAACCAUCUGUUUCUCUAUGUAUCUAUGUGUAUUAUCAAUUCAUCACUGUUUAUGAGAUCGUUUAUCUUAACA